AGGAAAUAUCUAUCGAUAUAUAAUCCCUAAAGUCCAGCUGAUUUGGUGGAAUUUUUUGUGACGUAAAAACAAUGUCCCAAUCAGUUAGGCGCCAGGUGCUGAGUGCUUUCAAGAAGCUGCAUCGCACGCGACAGCAUGUGUUCCAUGGUGAUGAGAAGGCAUUAUUGGCAGGCCGGCAAAAGAUUAACGAAUCAUUUCAGCAGAACCGAAAUGAAUCCAAUGCAGAGGAGAUUCAAAAGAUGAUCCAAUUAGCCGUGGAUGUGGACCAUGAAUUGCGCACAAAUAUAAUACAGGCCCAAAGGAAAAAAGAUGAUGUUUAUGAACUCCGCAUAACGCCCGGAAUAACUCGCCUGGACAACGUAGUCUUCAAUCCCGAUGCAGUCAUUGAGCCACCCCGGAGACGAAAGAAAGGGGACAAAAGUACGGAAUGUUGUGGAGGAGCUGCUAUGGCAGCUCUAGAAACCGAUAUGAAUUCGCGUAAGAAGUAAAAUUACAAUUGUUGAUAUUAGCGAAUUAUUAUAAAUUAUAUAUUGUAUUGUUAAAUGAUA